UCUUGUAUCAUAUUUGGUAAAAAAAAGCAAAAAGUUUUCGACAGAAAUUUUCGCUGAAAAUCAAGUUUUUCGGCCUAGCUUCUAGUCAAAACUUUGAAUCAGAAAGAGCAAUGGACUCUUUCACAACUCGAUAAAACUAGCGUAGUAAGAAUCGGUCAGUGUAAAAGUCGAUGGAAAUCUGAUAGAGACUGUAUGAAAGUGCUCUGGUUCUACUGAUUCGUCAGUUCGAAAAAGAUUUUAGUUAAUACUUUUGCAUUUGUUUUAGUUAAUUGUUGGUGGUGCCGAUACGGAUGUAAUCAAAAUGAACGAAGAAGCUUAUUCACAAAUGAUACAAUUGAAAGACAAUAAAAAGCAAAAAGCUUUAAAGUUGGUCCCAAAUGCAACACACCUAUUUGAAGAAAAAGGAGCUCUAGAACAAGUAUCACAAUUAGCUAUACAAUGGUUCACAAAUCAUUUUCAAAAACAUUAA